AUGGCUCUUACAUCAGAUCGUAUAAUUGAUUUAGCAAGGGAUAAGAUUAUUGGUAGAACUAACUUCACUUCAUGGAAAAAAGAUAAAAACAGGAAAACAUUCAGUGCGGCAGAAAUCCUAUCGAUUCUUGGUCUGAGGUUAUGUAUUGAUGAUGUUGCUUGCAAUAAGCGCAUCACAAGUACUACUCUUACUAUUAGCAAUCAGUAUUCACUUUUGAUAACGCUAGGAGAUUUUUUUAAAACAUUGCUUGUAGCUGAAGCAUAUAAAGAGUUGACUCCUUACCUUGAAGAUGAGAAAGACAGCACAUACAUACAGUCAACAUUAUGCAAUGCUCUGAUCAGAUUUACACAUUUCAUCAAAGUGACGUAUACACCAAGUAGACAAGAACUCUUGCAAUUUUUUAUCCAUGAUGCUGCUGUCUUGUGCAAAGAGUGCGAGAAAGCAACAAGCGCUUUAUUACCUGCUCAUAUUGGCAUUGAAGAUUUGCCGCAUAUUCCAUUUUUAUCUAUUUAUAUGCAGCUUCGCUCACAAUCUAAGCGAUUUGAGAUACUAAGCUCACCAACAUUAUGUAUUAGAAGGGAAGCUGCACAGUUCAAGCGUACCAUCAGCGAAGUUAGUGACAAAUAUCUUACACAAGAUGACUUUCUUAAAAAAGCACGCUUGAUGCCUCUAGGAGAACCUGCCGGCACAUCAGAAAUUAGUGCAUUUCGCAAUUAUUUUCAAGUUGCAUCUUCAUUGUUUGGACUGUCUCCUAAUGUUUAUGCAUGUUUAACACCUGAACUUACUCAUGCAUUAGAGAAAUUGUUAGUAACAUCAAUGGACAUUCUCGAUAAGUUUGUAGAUGAGGAUGAUAAGCGAAGGAUUAUAAAAAUGUUACCAUUACAAUAUAGGUAA